AUGGAAGAGGAAGAAGGAAGGAGCAGUAGGGAUGAGUACACGCAAGACAGGAGCGUGGAUCUUAAAGGCAGACCAGUUCUGAAAUCUAAAACUGGCGCAUGGAAGGCUUGCUCCUUCCUUGUUGUGUACGAGGUGUUUGAAAGAAUGGCGUAUUUCGGGAUAUCCACAAAUCUGAUCAUGUAUUUGACCAACGAGCUCCAGCAAGGGACCGUCACCUCCGCCAACAACGUCACCAAUUGGGUCGGCGUCACCUGGAUCACUCCCGUCUUCGGCGCCUACGUGGCCGACGCCUACCUCGGCCGCUACUUCACUUUUGUUCUCGCCUCCUUCGUCUACCUGGCCGGUAUGUGUUUACUGACGCUUUCAGUUUCACUUCCAAGCCUCAAGCCGCCGUCGUGCUCCGACACUGACGCCCCAAACUGCGGCAAAGCCUCGCCACUGCAGCUGGCCGUCUUCUACAGUGCACUCUACACUCUCACCGUCGGAACCGGAGGGACCAAGGCCAACAUCUCCACCAUUGGAGCCGAUCAGUUUGACGACUUCGACCCAAAAGAGAAGGUUCAGAAGCUGUCCUUCUUCAACUGGUGGUUUUUGAGCAUCUUCUUCGGCACGCUCUUUUCCAACACCGUGCUCAUCUAUAUCCAAGACUCUGUGGGUUGGACUCUUGGCUAUGCGCUUCCCACUCUAGGGCUUGCAGUCUCCAUCUUCAUCUUCUUGUCAGGCACCUCCUUCUACAGGCACAAGUUGCCUUCGGGAAGUCCCUUCACCAGGAUUGCUAGGGUCAUCGUCUCUGCUUUCAGGAAAUGGAGAGUCUUAACUCCUACUGACCCUAGGCAACUAUAUGAGCUUGACUUGCAGGAGUAUACCAAGAAAGGAAAGUACAAGAUUGAUUCCACCUCAACUUUAAGGUUCUUGAACAAGGCCAGUGUCAAAAUGGGAACCAGUUCUGGUAGUAGUAGUCCAUGGAUGCUAUGCACAGUUACGGAAGUAGAAGAGACGAAACAAAUGCUAAUGAUGAUCCCAAUCUUGCUGAUCACCGUGCUUCCGAGCACAGUGAUUGCUCAGACAAACACGCUCUUCGUAAAGCAAGGAACCACACUAGACCGACAGGUGGGAAACUUCGAAAUUCCACCGGCAAGUCUGAACGCAUUCGUCACCAUCUCCUUGCUGACCUGCGUCGUCUUCUACGAUCGUUUCUUCGUCCGCGUGAUGCAGAGGAUCACCAACAACCCCAGAGGCAUCACGCUCCUUCAAAGAAUGGGAAUAGGCCUGGUCAUACACAUACUCAUAAUGGUGAUCGCUUCGGUCACAGAAAGGCACAGGCUCAGAGUUGCCAGGCAACACGGCGUGGCGGAAAAAGACGGAGAGGUUCCUCUGAGUAUUUUCAUUCUGCUUCCUCAGUUCGUGCUGAUGGGAUGCGCCGACGCGCUUCUUGAGGUUGCCAAGAUGGAGUUUUUCUACGACCAAGCUCCCGAGAGCAUGAAGAGCCUUGGGGCCUCGUGUUCCCUUACAUCUUUGGGGAUUGGGAAUUUUUUCAGCAGCUUUCUGCUUUCAACUGUGUCGCGCGUGACUUCAGCAGGUGGCCGCCGUGGGUGGAUUUUGGACAACCUGAAUAUUUCUCAUCUGGAUUACUAUUACGCCUUCUUCGCUGUGCUCAAUAUUAUCAACUUUGCGAUCUUCCUGGUUAUUGCCAAGUUUCAUGUGUACAAGGCGGAGGUUUCGGAUUCCAUCAAAGUGCUUGAGCAAGAGUUGAAGCAGAAAUCAUCAGUGCAUGGUGACGGACAAGCAACUAGCGAGCAAGGAAACUUGAGCCAUGCAUAG